UAGAAUGGCCCAGCAAUCGCGCCAGCAAUACAUCAUGUAACGCAAAUUUAAUGGAUGUGACGAGUGCCUUUGAAACGCAGACUAUAUUCAGGGUCGGUCACUAGCGAAAGUUCAGGUACCAAAGGUUAGCUUUACGCCAUAGUUUGGUUUUGGUUUUUCUUCUAAAUAUAAACAAAUUUGUUAUUUAGGAAGACAUACAUAAACCGGAAAUUUCCAAGUUAAGAAAACAGGCGCAACGAAACACGGUAUCUAUUCGCUUUUGAUUUUAGUUUAGGUCCUAGCUAGGCUGAUGAACCUCGGCAGACAGAGUGUUGGCCCAACCCAAAACAACAACGUCGCCAUCACCGACCGUGUCUGUUCUUUAAUUUUGGAAUUUACUGUCCAGCGUUUUCUGUAGCCUAGCCUGAGUGGAAUUUCAACCUGAAAUCUCGCUAAAUGCCUCUAAAUACUACUAGCAGCAUGUCUUUCUUCGCUUCGAACCCAUUUAGCUCACCAGUUGGGCAACGAAUAGAAAAGGCAACCAAUGAAUCAUUAGCAUCAGAAGAUUGGGCAUUGAGUAUAGAAAUAUGUGACAUAAUUAAUGAGUCUGAGGAUGCGCAUAAGGAGGCCAUGAAAGCUUUCAAGAAGAAAUUAAGUGGAAACAAAAAGUGGAAAGAAGUUAUGUAUACGCUCACGCUACUGGAAACAUGCGUCAAGAAUUGCGGCCAUCGAUUUCACGUGCUGAUCUGCAAGCAGGACUUCAUCAAGGAACUUGUGAAGAUAAUCCAGCCGAGUUUCAAUCCACCAACCGCCGUUCAAGAAAAGAUUCUGAUGCUGAUUCAGUCUGUACCUGAAACAGAUCCAGCAGUUUCUCGCCCUCCGCCACAAAACAGACAGCCUAUCCGAGGCCCGGGGCAUCCCCCAGCCCGUGCCCCAGCCCAUGCCCCAGCCCAGCCUGAAGGCCCAGUCAACCUAACACCAGAUCAACUAGCCAAGAUGCAGAAGGAUCUUGAGGUCGUCCAGGGUAACUACCGAGUCUUCUCAGAAAUGCUUACAGAGAUGACCCCUGGGCAAGAGGACCCUGGGGAUUUGGAGCUGUUGCAAGAGCUGAGUCGCACAUGCCGUUCUAUGCAGUCUCGUGUGGUGCAUCUUCUCAAUAUAGUUAGCAAUGAAGAAGUGACAGGUGAACUGUUAAGAAUUAAUGACGACCUGAACAAUGUUUUCGUGAGGUACGAUCGCUUUGAGAGAUAUCGUCAGCAAUCACAAUCAAUGAAUCCCCAAGCCCACCAAACAACAGGUGUUCAGUCCUAUGCAGCAGGGACAGGAACCAACCCCCCUGCCUACCAGGUCGGUGCAAGUACACCUGCAUAUCUAGUUGGUGCCCCACAUAGCUAUCCAGUAGCUUCACCAGUGUAUCCAAGUAAUGUACCUAUCACCGGUCAACUACCGUACCCAGCUGCUGGAGCACCAGCAUAUGGAACAACGAUGGCGCCACCAACUCAGCCUGGUGGCGGUUAUCCAGUUGGCACCGGACAAGUACCAUACCCAGUUGGUGCACCGGCAUAUGGUACGACAACGGCACCACCAAGUCAACCACCACCAAGUCAACCACCACCAACGCAGCCAAGCAAUGAAAACUCAUCUGUUGGAACAUUAAUAAGUUUUGAUGACGAGCCAGCAGCACCAACACAUCAGCCAAGCCCUGCAGUUGGACAGCUUUCACAUCAGUUAGCUGGCAUGACUAUGGGCGGUGACAGUGUAAGCAGCACCCUUGGUAAUUUAGAGUCUACCCCCACCCCGACCAGUGCAGCCAAUGCUGAUGACUUUGACAUGUUUGCUCUUAGCAGACAGACAGUGUACCAGGACCCUACCAGAGGUGGAAGCACUUACCAAGACAAUUCCAACAUGGAUCAGACAAAAGGUGGACUGGCGAAUGCCAUGAAUUCCAGGGCUGUGAACCCAUUUGCAGCUGAAGCUCAAGCCGUCAAUCAGGAAGAUGUUGAUGAGUUGCCACCUGAUUUUAGCCAGCUAGAAAACAUGGAGCAAUGGCUUCAGGAGAGUGACCUGUCUAAGGCAGUGGAUAACACAGCUGCGGCCAAUACGAACACAGAAGGCAUCACAAGCUCAGGUGAAGCAGCAACAUCAUUCCCGCAGGAGUUUGAUAAAUUCUUAGAGGAGAGAGCAGCAGCUGGUGAUACGCUUCCAACUCAUGGGUCAACCGUCAAUCGAGGAGGUCGUCAGUUGAAGAUGGAGGAGACAGAAAACACAAUGUUUUCAUUAUAGUUUGUAAAUUAUAUAUCUACCUGCUAACCAGGUUAAAGGUACAAAAAUGAAGCAUAUUACUUAUUAGGAGUGCUUCUUGUAUAGAGAACAAAUAUGAAUAUGAUUUAUACUUUAAUAAUAAUUAGGCCAUGUGAAAAAAAGAGUUGUUGAUUGUACUUCUUUUUUUUUUUUAAAGUCUGUAGGGAGAGAGGUUUUUUUUUUUUUUUUUAAAUCAGCAAUGAAACCACCGCAUUAAUGCAUGCCAAGUCUUCAAACUCCCCCCAUGGAGUCCAAGGCCUCAUGUAAAUGAUUUUGACGGAUUUUCAUGAGUUUUGGUGAAAAUAAAAAAAAAAAAAAAUUGCUGGGGCGAUUUUUUUUAAUGUAUGUAUGGAGGGGAAUGAUCAACAACUUAUAUUUUUUACAUGGCCUUAGGUUGAUUUUUAAUGCUCUGGCAAUGAUCUUUUUCUCAUUAAAUUUUCCAAAGGUAGUUUUUCAGUUAUAUUAUGUUAAUCAGAGAAGUAUGUGUUUCAUAUAUACUACAUUAUACAUAUAUAUGACAUACUUACAAAUUGAUGUAUAUAAUGCAAUAUAUGUAUGUAAACAAAAAGUUAAUCAAUGAGAUUGUUAAAAAUUUAUUUGCUUGGGUUUUGUAAACAAAGAGUUAAUCACUUAUAUAGAAUAUGUAAUUAUAUGUUUGUUUAGUAUAUAGGAACUUUCAAAUGCCUUAUUGUCUUAUAAAGCGUAUUAGUAGUGACGGUGCUGGAUGGUCUGACAACUUCUGGCAGGGUCCAGGAUUGAAGACCCAUUAGAAGUCCAGGGGCUUAGUGUCCUCUGUUGCCUGAAGAUAUUGGGAGAUUUUGGACCAUUUUAAGCUGUUCUGGGACCUUUUAGAACGUAUUUUACCCAACAAAACUUAAAAAAAUAAACAUUUUAUUUUCUUGUUUUGGUUCAACAAUUUUUGUCGCCGCCACUCUGAACUAUGUAACUUAUAAUUGAAUUCUUGUAUAAUUAUAAAUUCAUGUUUAUUCUUUUUGAUUUUAAGUAAUCAAUUUUUAACAAUUUUCUAUGCGAGUGACUAGUCUACCUUGAACUUAAGGUUGAUAUUUAUUAUUAAACAUCGGCACAAAUAAUAAUGGUAGUUGUUGGUAGAAAGGUUAUUCAAACCUUUAGUGCAGUAAAUACAACAACAUAGAUAUUGCAUUAAGUAAGUGGAGAGUGAAGUCAUUAAUCUUUGACAUCGAACAUUUAUUUUGUCAAUGGUAAAUUUGCUGACACUGUAUCUUUACAUAUUUUACCUUAUCUACUGAAUAAUAUUAAAUAUUAUUAUGAAAAAUAUGUUUUUAAAAGUGUAUUGGGUAUAGAACAUACAUAAAUUAAUUGUUUUAGUAUUAUGGUGGUAUGGAUAAUUUAAAUUUGUUGUUUUUAUAUUAUAUUAUAAUUUCUCUACAUAUAUCAGAUUAUCUGUUUAUUAAAGAAUUACCAAUGUUUUAAUAAUGCUCUGUUCAGACUACCAAAUCUACUGAAUAAUAUUAAAUAUUAUUAUGAAAAAUAUGUUUUUGAAAGUGUAUUGGGUAUAGAACAUACAUAAAUUAAUUGUUUUAGUAUUAUGGUGGUAUGGAUAAUUUAAUUUGUUGUUUUUAUAUUAUAUUAUACUUUCUCUACAUAUAUCAGAUAAUCUGUUUAUUCAAGAAUUACCAAUGUUUUAAUAAUGCUCAGUUCACACUACCAAAUUUUAAAUUUCAAAUCAAAAUCAAAUGUGACAUGCCUGUAUGGUUGUGAUUAUGGUGUGGACAGAGCUUAUGAUUGAAUUUAUACCCAGAUUUAAAGACUGUGUUGUUAGACCCAGAUAUAAAGACUGUGUUUUUUACAUCAGUUGUAUUAGACUUGCGUACAAAUUUUGGAUUCAUCAGAAAGUUACUUGCCAAUUAAAGGAAGAAAGUAUGUUUAAAAUAA